AUGCGUGGACUCGAUGAUAGCACCGAGGUUCUCAAACGUGUUGGCCAGACUGCUGGAGAGCAGGUGAAACAUGGCUGGGCCGCCUUUGUUAAUUUCGCGGCUCGGGACAACGUUCUCGAGGUUGCGCUUGGUUUGAUUAUUGCUAAUGCGUUCACCAAAGUCGUUACCUCGUUCGUCUCGGAUGUGGCUCUGCCGGUCGUCUCGCUGCUGCCAUUUUUGAACCGCAAUAUGGACCAGAAAUUCGCUAUUCUCUCAAGUGGUCCUAACUAUGUGAAGGGUGAAGGGUACAAUACCAUCAAGCAGGCCAGAGAUGACGGCGCACUCGUUCUGGCAUACGGUAUGUUCGUCGAGAACUUUCUCAACUUCCUUGGUGUCAGCCUCACAUUGUUUGCGGUCGCGCAUAUGUACAUGUUUGUUUCUCACAACAAGAUCAUCAAGCCGACUGUUAGAUGCAAAUACUGCAGGAAAUUUAUUAGCGCUGAGGCGAGGCGCUGUAACAAUUGCUCGAGUUGGCAGGAUGGACGGGAAGAUUUGCCUGGAGAAGAGGAUGACGAGGGAAUAGAGGGAGAUAUUUGA